GGAAGGAGGAAGCCGGCCUCCCUCGCGCUGGGUGUGGCUCGCUCCAGAGGCAGCCAGCCGAGAUCCACUCCACUCUUGGCCCUGGACAGAGACGGAACAGAGGGACUCUCAGCCCGUAGGCACGAUUCAUCCUUCCCGGGAAGAAGCAGAGACCCACAAUGCUGGCCAGUACUUUGGGCAUCUACUUGGGCAUGCUGGUGGCAGCAGCCAUGGCACGCUAUGACCCUACCCAACCGGACAUCCCCAACCUGCAGUGCACCCACAGGCGCCAGAAGAGAGACUGGAUUUGGAACCAGAUGUACGUUGAUGAAGAGAAAAACGCCUCAUUGCCCUAUUAUGUGGGCAAGAUCAAGUCAAGUGUGAACCGCAAGAAUGCCAAGUAUGUCCUCCAAGGAGAGGCUGCUGACAGCAUUUUCAAGGUCAAUCCAGACACAGGGGAUGUGUAUGCUUUUGCAAGGCUCGACCGGGAGAAGGUGUCCUCGUACCCCCUUGUUGCCCUCAUCGUGGACAAAGACAGCGGUGUCCACCUGGAGUCUCCCUCCACCUUCACUAUCAAAGUUCAUGACAUAAAUGACAACUGGCCCGUGUUCACGCAUCGGCUGUUCAAUGCUUCGGUGCUUGAGAUGUCACCUGGGGGGACUUCAGUCAUGCGUUUGACAGCAGUAGAUGCAGAUGACCCCACCGUGGCAGAGCACACCACUGUCAUGUACCAAAUCCUGAAGGGGGGUGAGAACUUUGCCAUCGACAAUUCAGGAUUAAUUACUACUACAAAGCAAAACCUGGAUCGAGAAGUACAGGCCAGGUACGAGAUCGUGGUGGAGGCACAAGAUGCCGAGGGCCUCCGAGGAGAAUCAGGCACAGCCACCGUGCUGAUCACUCUGCAAGAUAUCAAUGACAACUUCCCCAUCUUCACUCAGCCUACGUACACAUUUUCAGUGCCUGAAAACAUCCGCGUGGGCAGCUCUGUGGGCUCUCUGUUCGUUGAGGACCCAGACGAGCCUCAGAAUAGGAUGACCAAGUUUGAAAUCUUGCGGGGCGAGUACAGGGAUACCUUCACUAUCGAGACAGACCCCACCCGCAACGAGGGCAUCAUCAAGCCCAUAAAGCCCCUGGACUACGAGCUCAUCCAAAAAUACUCAUUUCUCAUCGAGGCCACAGACCCCACUAUCAACCUCAGAUACCUGAGCAACCUCUCUGGGAAAAACAAAGCCCAUGUCACCAUCAACAUCUUGGAUGUGGAUGAGCCCCCUGUCUUCCAGAAGCUCUUCUAUCACUUCCUGUUGAAGGAGAACCAGAAGAAACAUCUGAUCGGUUCAGUGCUGGCCAAGGACCCCGACAAGGCCGGGAGGAAAAUCAGAUACUCCAUCCGCCCCACCAGUGACAAGGGCCAAUUCUUCCGAGUAACCAAACAGGGUGACAUUCACAAUGAGAAAGAACUGGACAGGGAAAUCUACCCCUGGUACAACCUGACUGUGGAGGCCAAUGAACUGGAUUCUAACGGAAACCCCACAGGGAAAGAGUCCAUUGUGCAGGUCCACAUUGAAGUUUUGGAUGAGAAUGACAAUGCCCCAGAGUUUGCUCAGCCCUAUGACCCCAAAGUGUGUGAGAAUGCAGCCCAGGGCAAGCUGGUUGUACAGAUCUCCGCAACAGACAAGGAUAUAACGCCACAAAAUGUCAAGUUCAAGUUUGCCCUGGGCACUGAUGAGAGCAACUUCACCCUCAUAGACAAUCACGAUAACACAGCCAACAUCACAGUCAAGUACGGGCCAUUUGACCGGGAGCACGCCAAGUUCCACUACCUGCCUGUGCUCAUCUCGGACAAUGGCUCCCCAAGCCUGACGAGCACCAACACACUGACCGUGGCCGUGUGCAAAUGCAACCAGCAGGGCAAGUUUACCUUCUGUGAGGAGGCGGUCGCCCAAGCGGGCGUCAGCAUCCAGGCUCUAGUGGCCAUCUUCCUCUGCAUCCUCACCAUCGCAGUGAUCACCCUGCUCAUCUUCUUGCGGAGGCGGCUUCGGAAGCAGGCCCACGCCCACGGCAAAUGCGUGACCGAGAUCCACGAGCAGCUGGUCACCUACGACGAGGAGGGCGGCGGCGAGAUGGACACCACCAGCUACGAUGUGUCCGUGCUCAACUCGGUGCGGUCUGGCACGGCCAAGGCCCCGCUGUCCAUGCUGGACGCCCGGCCGCCCAUCUACGCGAAGGCGCAGAAGCCACCGCGGCUGGCGCCUGGGGUGCACGGUGGGCCUGGGGAGAUGGCCACAAUGAUCGAGGUGAAGAAGGACGAGGCAGACCACGACAGUGGGGUCCCACCCUAUGAUACACUGCACAUCUACGACUAUGAGGGUUCCGAGUCCAUCGCCGAGUCGCUCAGCUCCCUGGGCACCGAUUCCACCAACUCUGACAUUGAUUAUGACUUCCUCAACGACUGGGGGCCCAGGUUCAAGAUGCUGGCGGAGCUGUAUGGCUCCAAUCCCUGGGAGGAGCUGGCAUAUUAGGGGUCACGGAGCUCUCACCCUGGGGACUCAAACCCACAGCAGCCCUGGCCAGUCGGACAGCAGACAUCAAGCUUUCCAGGGUGGCACUGACUCCCCAGACCAGCAGCCCUUCCUCAUGGGUGCCAAAGACCUCACUAUGUCCAGGGUACCAAGCUCCAGACCCCUGAAAUACCCAGGAACGUAUUUCAGUGAUGGCUACUCCAUAAAUGCUGGAGAAGCCGGGUUACUCUACUGUCGGCCCAGGAACAUCACGCUGUUGCCCCCAUGGCACAGGUCUAACUCAAAGAUUUUCUUUGGCUCAACAAAGCUGCCACGCCAGCCAGCCUGGGUUCAACUGCCAGCAGGAUCUUCCCCUGAGUUCUCUGAACCCCCUGGUGAAGCUGGUAUGAUCCUGGUGACUCUGCCUGGGGGCAAGGGAGUGGACAGUAUGACCUGUGGGACAAGACUCUGCAGCCCGUCCCCAGGAAGACUGUGACUAUCUGUCACCCUGCUGUCUAGAGCCCCAGCUCGGCCUCACACUCUCCCUCUGUUCCCCAGGCCCAUCGAGAGGGAGGAAGGGGCCGCAUGGCAGCUCCUUUCCUUGGGUUGCAGAGUGAGCUUGCUGGCCUGCCACUCCAGGAACUGUGCUGUACUGAUCACUGAUGCAUUCGGCCAAAUUCAGGGAAAUGGCUUGUUGAACUUGAAGCAACUGUGAAUUCAUCCUGUAGGGACAGUGGCAACCAAGAGUGACAGAUCACAGGGUGAAGGCCACCUUCAUACCCACUGCCUCUGGAGCGGGCUUAGAAUAGCGGAGACCCCAAUCUGACACGCAUCCACACUCACCUAGGCUUGCCUGUGAAGGGGCAGAUGUUUCUGGAGCAGAAGACCUGCCCCCAUCUCUGCCUUACCUGGUCACUCCUGCUUUCUCUGCUUCACUCUCUCUCAUCUCUUGACCUGGAAGCAUCCAAGAUGUGUCCCUCGGCAAGUCCAGCAAUGCUCAUACCCAAACACAGACUGCCAGCUGUGCAACAGAGCCACCAUUUGCCUUUAUGCCUUGUUGCCACGUCUCAGGGAACCGGCCCUCAAGCACACCUACGGAAGGCGAGGCCCUGCCCCGCCCCGCUCUACAGAUCCUGGCCUCUGUGUGGCUCAAAGAGGGCUGCGUUUAGAACUUCCCACUGCAGCCAUGCCUUGAGGAGGCGGCAUCCAGACAGAGAGGGCAGGGGAAGAGACACACGCUGCGGUUUACCCCGCAUCACAAACCACACUGCCCACCCUGGGCGCAGCCUCUCAGACUUCAGGGGACUGGAGCGAACACUGACAUUAUUUUUAACUAAUCAUUAAUUUUUUAUAAUGACUUUGUUUUACUAAUAAUACUUACAAAUUCCUAGCUCUCACAAGCACAUAGAAUAAGGGUUUAGCCUAAUAAACAGCUGUUGUUUAGAUUAACAAUUUUAAUUCCGGUUUUGUCAUCAGACAAACAUUUCCUGUAACCUUCUAUUUCCUAUCAUUGUAGUGGUUGCUCUACAGAUAAUGAUUACGUUAUGGCCACACUGGUGCAUGAGACGUACUGUAUUUUUUUAUGCCUAAUAAAGAAAAUUCUUGAAAUUUU